GCAGCAACACCUGGACCCGUGAACCAGGACUGGAUCCGCAGGACCGGACCCCCAGGACUAGACCUGCAGGACUAAACCUGCAAGACCUGGACCCCCCAGGACCGGACCGCUGCAGCCGGACCUGCAGCCCCGACCCUGGAUUGUGUUUUCUAACGGUGUGAUAAUCACCUGGAUCUGCUCCUGCUGGAACUUCCAGGACUAACUUGAGUGUUUCUGUGUUUUUCUGGGACCAGAUAACCAUGUUCUUCUCCCGGACGGCGGCUCAGCGCUGGUUCCUCGCCGUCUUCCUGCUCUGCUCGCCGGCGCCGCGGCACGGACGGCCCAUCGACGCCCUGAGCGGCAGAACGCGCCGCUCGGUGAGCCACACCCAGCUGAUGCACGACAAGAGCCGGACCCUGCAGGACUUCAGACGACGGCUGUGGCUGCAGGAGCUGCUGGACGUGGUGCACACGGCCCAGACCCGGGACCAGAACCAGAACCGGGACCUGCCGGUCCUGCAGACCAGCACCACCGGCAGCACCCUGCACUCCAAGCCCCCCGGCGGCACCAAGAACCUGCCGGACCAGAACCAGAACCAGGACCAGGACCAGGGCGGCACCAACCUGCCCCAGGAGACGCUCAAGUCCGGCACCUACAAGGACGCCUUGCUCAAGGGCCCAGGCAGGAAGAAGAAGAAGGGGCGGAGCGGGAAGAGGAGGGAGGGCGAGAAGAGGAGGAGGAGGGCCCGGUCCGUCCCCCGCCGGCCCCCCUGGACCUGGACGGGCCUGCAGGGCCUGCAGGGACUCUGAGACCGAAGACCGUCUGACGCAGGAAAGUCGGGCCCGGCCGGUGACUCCUAAAUGCUCACGAUUGCAGCCGUCUGUCGUUGUGAUCGUUUGGAAAGAAAUUGGAACAUAUUUAUUGUGUGUAAAUAUUCUAAAUAUAUCAGAAUAGAAGCAGAAGAUGAAACUCCUGGAGCUCUGAGAAGCAGAACCUUCGUGAAUCCUCGCUUUCCCUUUUUUUACUACAAUUAUGUCUGUUUUUUCUUUUUUUUUCUGGUAAUUUAUUUUGUCUGAAUGGUGUAUUUAUUUUGUAAAUGUAUCGAGGUGCUGCUGACCUUUCUAUAUUUUUGUACCAUAAUGCACUUUAGAUAUAUAAAUAUAAAUAUAUAUGCCAUUGAUUUGUUCAUGGACUUGUUUCUGUGCUGGACUGAGAUGAAGAAGCGUUUCCUCCACGACCCACAAUCCUCUGCUUCCCCACACUUCUGUACAUAAACCAAACUGCAUCCUUGUUGUUGGCACUUGCACUGAGAUGAAACCGGAAUAAACGUUUG